AGUGCGCCCCGCGGCCUGACGCGGUUUCUAUGGUUACGCAGCGCUCCGAGCCCCCGAAGCCGAUGCUGCGGGGUAGGCGGAUGGCAGCUGCCCGGCCGCAUUUCCUCGCACUCUUGCUGUGCGUCGGCCUGCGCGGUCAGCAGCUCUCGGCCGCCCUUCUCAACCAGCGGCCCGUCAUCGGUGUGCUGGCUCAGGAAACAGGCGGUGAUAUUAUCAAGUUUGGCAAUAGCUAUAUUGCUGCUUCAUAUGUGAAGUUUUUAGAAUCUGCUGGUGCAAGAGUGGUGCCUAUAAGGGUUAUUAAACUAACAGUUGCUGAAUACAAGGAGCUGUUUCAUUCAAUAAGUGGGGUGCUCUUUCCAGGAGGUGAUAUUACUGUUCAAGAAUCCAGAUAUUCUGAGAUUUCAGCCAUCUUUUAUAAUCUUGCACUACAGGUAAAAGAUAAAGGUAUUUACUUCCCAGUGUGGGGAACUUGUCUUGGGUUUGAAGAACUAACAGCUCUUACCAGUGGAGAAGAUCUUCUUACUAUCACGAACACUUCCAAUCAUGCUCUCCCUUUGAAUUUUACAGAUGAUGUUUUUCAUAGUCGAAUGUUCAAGAACUUUCCUAAAGAUCUGUUGCAAUCAUUACAAACCAAACCUUUGACAGGAAACUACCACAAUUGGAGUAUUUCUCGGAAGAAUUUUACAAACAAUGAAAAAUUAAAGAACUUCUACAGAAUCCUGAGUACAAAUAUGGACAGCCAACAGAUAGAAUUUGUGUCCACCAUGGAAGCUUACAGAUACCCUAUUUAUGCAGUACAGUGGCACCCUGAGAGAAGCCCUUAUGAGUGGAAGUCAACAAAGGAAAUCCCACAUUUCUCUGAAGCAAUUGAAGUUUCUUGGUAUUUAGCUGAUUUUUUUGUUAAUGAAGCACGGAAGAAUUUCCAUCACUUUUCUAAUCGGGCAGAAGAAGCGAAGGCAUUGAUUUAUAAUUAUUCACCUGUUUACACAGGAAACAUUUCUAACUUUGAGCAAAUUUAUUUAAUUGAUUAG